AAAACAGUUAAAUAUAUGUUAAUCAAAUUGAAACAAUUUAAAAAAACAACAAGUGGAAUGGGAAAAUAAUAGCAUACCAAAAUAAUUUGAAUAUCGAUAAUGGCAGACAGACAAGCAUCAGAGUUAGACGAAGUGCUACCGAAACCAACAAAAAUAUUUCUUACAAAUUUUUUGCAAGGCAAAGAUGAACUUGAAGAUAGAUUGGAAAAAAGCCAUGUUUUUGUGUCAUCUUUAGUGAUAGGACUUUCAGAGCGUGAAAUUCAUGAUGCUCUCAUUCAAGCUGUUUGUAAAGGAAUAAAAGAGCAAGAGGAUAUCUAUCUUGGAUUGUUGUACACAAUACUCACUGAUCAAAUAAAUGCUCCCAAGGCAUACAGAGAUCUUUCUUUUGUUUCUCGUGAUGGACUGGGUAGUGUGGUCAACAAGAUUCAUUGCAUUUUCUCAGAAAAGUUCAGUAAAUUAUUAGAGCUCCCCAAAGCGCAGAUGUUGUGGCUGCUUGGUGAAAUGAUGAAAAAUCAUAUUUUAAAUUUAGAACCUGUGAUUUAUAUUCUUCUUCGACAAAUUGCAGGUGGAGAUUUAAGUCAAGGUAACAUAACUUAUACAGAAAAUGUUUUAAAGUUAUUAAGAGCAAACAGAGCAUGGUUAGAUAAAAAUCUUGGAACACUGCAAGUAGUUAUUUAUACAUUUGUUCGAAUUAUCGAAGAUCAUGAAUCUGCCAGGUUUAAAAUCCUACGACAAGCAGAAAUUGAUUUUUGUAUUCAACUCAUUCGUGAGCAUUUUGCUGAAUGUAUGGCUAUUGGGAAAGAUUUUGUUCGUUUGUUGCAAAAUAUAUUUCGUAUUCCUGAGUUUAUGCAACUUUGGAAAGAUAUUUUAUACCGGCCUCAAUCACUUUGUACUCAGUUUCAAGGAUUAGAACAGCUUUUAAUGACACGUACUCAUAGAAAGUUCUUACAAAGUAGAAUAACACCUGAUAUGGAAAAUAAAAUUGCAUUUCUGGCUUUAAAAGUUAAGUUUGGUCAACAAAAGCGUUACCAAGAUUGGUUUUUUAAGCAGUAUUUAAGCGCUUCUGAAAAUCAAACUCUUCUUCCGGAUCUGGUUCGUUUUAUUUGUGGCGUUAUUCAUCCACCAAAUGAAAUUUUAGGUUCUGAAGUGAUUCCUCGAUGGGCAAUUGUUGGAUGGCUUUAUACAGCAGGCCAGAAUCCAGUUUCUCAAGCCAAUAUGAAACUUUCUUUGUUCUUUGAUUGGUUAUUUUUUCAAGGUGACAAAGAUAACAUCAUGAAUAUUGAGCCUGCAAUUUUACUGAUGCAUAACUCUGUUCGCACUCAUCCAAGCAUAACUUAUAUUCUGCUUGAUUUUAUCUGCAGGAUGUCAACACAGUACUGUCCCCAACAUGUCCACUUGACCAAGUUGGGUAUAUUUAACUCAUUUCGUUCAGUGUUGGAUAAGCGAGUUGUAAGCUCAUUGGCUCCUAUUUUGAAGAGUCAUAAAAUCCAUCAACAAUUAAAGCAGUUGCUAGUUGAAACAUUACCAUCUUUUCUUGAACCCAAUCGACCAGAAGAAUCUGUUAAAGUUGAUUCUCCACCACACUCUCCAUCUAAUGAUAAAGAUUAUUCACUUGAUUCAACCACAUUACUACCACAAACAAUUGAAGAUGAAAUUAUAACAGAUGAAGCAGUUUUUUCUGAUGAAGAUGAUGAUGAAAAAAUUCCACCACCUCCUCCAUCUCAGGUUGAUCCAGUCACAGAAAAAAAAUUCUUAUCUGCACCAUCUUCUGCUUCAUUUCGACCAAUUACCAUUAAAGAAGAAGAUUUUAAACUCAAAACAGAAAUAACCAAACAUCAUCAAUUUGAUGGAGUAGAUGUUACUGAUUUGGAAGAAUUUCAGAAUCUAGAUAGUAACUUACUGAAAGACAAUGUUUUAAAACUGCAGAAUCAAAAAAAUGAGUCGUCAGAAGCAAUGGAAGCAAUUAUUUCAAACAUUGAAUCUAUGGGUGAUUUUGAUGAGGAGAUAGCUUCUCCAUUGUGUGUAUGCUUAGCAAAUGUUUUGGCUGAUGAACUCUCAUUGCCAGUUAUGCCAAGUGAUCAUUACAAACUGACUGAAGAUGUUGCUGAAAAAGCAAUUGAGUCAAAGCUUGAUAAGCCUCAAUAUGUGAUUUUCAGGUCAAUAUGUGCUCUGUCGAAGAAUGAUAUUAAUCUAGAAAAUAUAUAUACUCUCUUGAAUGGAAUUCACGAAAUUGAUAGAAAAAUAGGUUAUCAUUUUCUAUUUUUCUUAAAAGCUUGUUAUAAGGAUGAUGAAAAAUUGUCAGUCUAUGAAGACUAUGUCAACUUUUUUAAAGAUAGAACUUUGAAGUCAGUUCUUUUACAAGAUUUAAAAAUUUGUUAUGAAUACGAUCCCCACCUGUUUAUGUUUUUAAUUGAGUCAAUGUUUAAGCGUUUUAAAAAUCAGCUGGUUGGAAAUGAAGAAAUUAUUAGAAUGCUAGUUUCAACAAUACACCCUGAUGAAAUGAAUUCUUUGAUAUCUAAUAUUCUUAUGGGAAACUUGUCAAUUAUUGGUGAAAAUCAAGUUGUUAGCUUGUUAGAGUCCUCACUAUCGUGGACAUCAUUUGAACAGUCAUUUCUAUGGCAACUGAUACUUGCAGAAAAAACUCCUGCUGAGAUGUGUGUUGGUAUACUUCCAUUAGUUGAUGAAAAGAAACAUUACGAACCAUUAAACCAAUUACUUUUGAUUUUACGAUCCGAAAGUCCUCAUCUUGAGAUUAUUAAACCAAUUUUAUGCAUGAAGUUAGAUGGUUGUGGAAAAAAAUUUAGUUUAUGUCUAUUUAAAACCUGGUGUCAAGAAGAUGCAAGAGAGCUGGCACAUGUUAUCGCUCAAAUGCUCAGUAAAAAUGUGACAAAAAAAUCCAAAUCACAAAAAUUUAAUCCAUCUGUUGAACAGAUUUUAUGUCAUCUAAACAAUUUUUACAAUCAUUGUGUUGAGGUUAACGACAUGAAAUGUGGAGAUUACACUAGGCUUUUUGGCAACCUGUUCCAUGCAUUGGCAAUGCACUUGUUACAAAGUUUAAAAUCUCUCUUUGAUCAGCUCUUGGUGGAAUUGUAAUUAGACACUAGAUAAUUGGUAUCAUAUACUGUCGAUAGAAGAAUGGUCUCAUAUCGCAUGGUAUUGCUUAUGUACCAAUGUCAGUACUAUCAGUAUCGUUUCGAUACCAAAAGAUACCGAUAAUAAAAAGAAUUGUAUAGCAUCGUAUGGUCUCGAAUCGACACAAUAAAACAAGACAAAAAAAUUAAAAUGUGACUUAUUGAAUUAUUUACUAACGAAAUAAAAGUACAAUUGCUUUUUAGAGAUUUAGUUAUUGUUUUUUUAACAGUCUACAAUACUAAUAAACUAUAUUGGUUAUCGUUUAUUCGUAGUUUUUUCCUUUUUCUGUAAUUUCGCUGGUGGUUUAGGAUUUUCUUCUAUUAAUAUUUUAAUUUUGGGGGCAUUUACUGUGAAUUUUACAUCUAAGCAAUGUCAAAUGAGUUAAAAGAUUUCAAAAAUAUUAUUACCAAAAAAAGAUCCUUUGAUUGGCGUGAGUUUAAUUUUUUUUUUUUUUUUACAAUUAGUAGGUAUCUAUAUAUGAUACAAAAAAAAAACUCAGAGUGUGCAGACAUACAACCUGGCGGUCAAUUUAGCACUCUGUGCUUUGAGCGUUCUCCCUAAAUAUCAGUCGAUUUAUGAAUUAUUGCUCCGCCAAAUAAAUUGAUUUUUUUUAAAUCUUAAUAGUUAAUAAACAAUAACAGUUAUAACGUAAAAGCGUUAAAAAAUAAACUGCAUUUGUAAUUAACAAAAACUAAAAAAAUUCAGCCCUUCGGAAAGACUUGAAUCUAAAUCCCCGGACUCACUGGCCAUAACUUUAUCUGGUUGGUUACGCAAACUACUACGAUGUAGAGUUAAGUUGUUAUAUAUUGUCCAUUCACUUCAAUUGUUCAAUCUUCAGCAAUCUGAGAUUGUAUAUUUAUAGCUUUAGUUCUACUUUGAAGCUUUAUUUGCAAUAAUAUUGUAAUGUAAAUGUAACAUAUUUAAUAAUAUGACGAUAUUACUUUUAGUAAUUGUUUUUAUUUAACAUGAUACUUAAAAAAGUAACGUUUUAUUAGAGUAAAGGAAAAAUAAAGAAUUUGUAGUUUAGUUAGUAAGUUGGUAAUUUAAGUAUGAGGAAAAUAUGACGUCAUCAUAUAAAGUGCAAGAUUGUGAUGUUUUUUAGAAUUUUGGAUAAUGAAUGAAAAGAAAUUUUUACAGUACAUGUGUAUAUAUGUUGACUGUUUUAACAUAGGUAGAAGCAUAAGUAUGAAAAUUUGAAAGAUUAUGCAUAAAUAGACAUGAAAAAACUAAAGUUCCGAAAGAUUAUUUCUACGUCUAGAUUUUUUAUAUUAACUUUAAGUAAUAUUUUUUUUGUAACUUUAUAAGUUUUUAAUUAUUUAUUAGUUUUGCGAAAUAAACUAAAUUGCUAAUGUUAAAAGUAAUUACAGUAACUAUAGUAACUAAAUUUUUUUGUAUUUUUCAGUGUUUCAGUAUGAAUCAUUACGUUACGCUCUAACUAAUG